CCUUUGAUGUGUCACAGUCUUAUAAAUCCCACCUGCGCAACUGCGUUAACAGCGGAAUACGGGGUUCUUAUCAGUACAGUGUCGUUGUAUCCUCUCCCUGUUUCUCUUUUGAUUGUGUUGUCUCUUCUCAUAGUUACCUGUUGAACCCGUUCACCAUCCUGUCCUGCGUGGCCAAGUCGACCUGCGGCCUGAACAACGCCGUCCUCUCCCUCUUCAUCCUCUCCACAGUCAAAGGAAAUGUGUUGCUGAGUGCUAUAUUUCUGUCCUUGGCCACGUACCAGUCCAUCUAUCCUCUCACUCUGUGCGCCUCAGCGCUGCUCUAUCUGAUGCAGCGUCAGUACAUCCCGGUGAACUUCAGGCGUGCCAGCUUCUGGUGGUUCAUCGUUCAGUACGCCUUCAUGUACCUGGGCAGCCUCUUCGUCAUCGUCUGCCUCUCCUUCUUCCUGCUCGGCUCCUGGGACUUCCUGCCGUCUGUCUACGGCUUCAUCCUCUCAGUUCCGGACCUGACCCCCAACAUCGGCCUCUUCUGGUAUUUCUUCGCUGAGAUGUUUGAACACUUCCGCCUCUUCUUCCUCUGCGUUUUCCAGAUCAAUGUCUUCUUCUACACCAUCCCUCUGUCCAUCAAACUCAAGGAGCAUCCAGUGUUUCUCAUCUUCAUGCAGUUGGCUGUGAUCUCCAUCUUUAAGUCCUACCCCACUGUGGGAGACAUCGCUCUCUACAUGGCCUUCCUGCCUGUGUGGAGUCACCUGCACAGAUUCCUGAGGAACAUCUUCCUGGUGUGCUGCGUGCUGCUCACCUGCUCCGCUCUGUUCCCGGUUCUCUGGCACCUCUGGAUCUAUGCCGGCAGCGCCAACUCCAACUUCUACUACGCCAUCACACUGCUGUUUAACGUGGCACAGAUUCUGCUGGUGUCAGAUUAUUUCUACGCCUUCUUGAGGAGGGAACACCAUCUCUGCUAUGGACUGUAUCUGAAGAGGAAAGAUGGCUCUGAGGCUACCUUGGUCCUUAAAUAAAACACACAUAACUAUACACACAUUCACAAACACAUCACCACCUGGCUGGCAGCCUCCAGGAAGGGAGAAACGGCUCGGGGUCUCUUUUAUCCUCAAAGGGAACAAACAAGCUGCGGAGGAUGAAAGCCUUUCAGAGCCACGCUCAGACAGAACCUUCAGACAAAUGCAGAAAGUGUGUCUGAUUCAACCUCAUAUGCAAAAAAAGCCACAACAUGUCACAUGACUGAGAUUCUGAGAUGGGAUGUAGAAAUCUUGCUCCUGCCAUGUGAAACAAACAACACCAACUAAACAUCUCUUUACUAUUCCUCCUCUGGAGCGCCUUACUUUGGAAGCUGCGCCCUGGAAGGAUGGCUUUUAUUAUGAAGCCUUUCAAAAUAAUCUUGUUUUGACACUCCUCAUUUUGGACGGCUUUUUUUCUUUUGAAGCAACAACUUUACGCAUCAUUUUUUCUCCUGUAGGGAAACGUCAAUCGUGUUGCUGGGGAUUUUAUUUUGAAGCCCUUUUUUUCUUUAAAUACUAUGAAAAUGUGGGAACCGGCCUCUGUUUGGAUCAUUCCGGACAUCAAGCUUUCCCAUAUACAUUUUAAUUAGGAAAGAUUGAGAAUUGGUGUCUAAAAAUGUCCAUUUAUCUCUGUUGUCCCUCUAUUUCUAAACAAUUUUUUUUUUUUACAAUCUUUUUUACAAUCUUACAGCUGUCUUUCUUCUAAUACCUAGUGAAGAAAUUCAAUACCAAGUAAAAACUAACUCUAACUUCAUCAUGGUACAUAACAACACUCCUUUAACUGUAAUAGUUUCAAAACUGAGAAUUUGUCUAAAGAAGUUUUUUUAAAAGUUCCUAUUACCUGACAAAGACAACAUUGAAUGUGAAAAAAAGAAAACACUAAUCUAAUUAAUUAACUAGUUAUCAAUUAGUAGAUAAGCAUUUAGUCUGAAAGGGUAAAAAGAUACAUGUAAAAACUUCAGCUGUCUUGGUCAAUUAAAAUUAUAAAAACACAAGUUUACAGUACAUUCAUAUAAGACAAAGAAAAGCAGGAACUCUCAAUUGAUAGGCUAUAGUACGAGAAUAUUGGAAAUGCUUCACUUUGGGAACAUAUCUGAAAUGAUUAAUGGAUUCAUGCAAUAGUUAAUUUAAAUAGUAUAAUAUUUCUGUCAAUGUAUUCAUUUGCUCUAAAUGAAAAAUGUCUGCCUUGAAUAGAAGCUCCUGACAUACAUUUACUAAAUCUUUCUUUAUGGAUUACAUUCCCACACCCUUAAAAUAAGCCUUAACCUGCCUGGAAAAAUUGUUGUAAAGAUUGCUUACAGAUUAAUGUUUUCCUUUUUGAUAAUUGUGAAAAUAAUUAUAUGUCACAAGAAAUCUCACAUAAAAAGACCCACUCAAAUCAUUUCUACGUCAACGAGCAAAAAGGCUUCUUAUUGUAAACUUGUUUUCAUGGGAAAUGAAUUUCGGAUUACUGUACAAGAACAUCAACAUUUAUAACUGAGAAUCACUUACAAAGAUACACGUUUUUUAAAACCACUUUGAUACCGAUGAGUGAAAAGUCAUUUAUGAUAUUUAUUUAUUUGAUGCACUAAGACUUUGCAAAUAUAUUUAAUUUGUUUCAUUUGAUUCUUUUGUUUUAUUUUAAGAAAAAGGAGUUCUACUGUUUUGAUACUGUAUAUAUAUUAUUUUUGUUUUGUUACUUAUAUUAAAAUGCAAGGUUUGAAAGGGGCUAUGUUAUAUUUGAUGAAUGAGUGAACAUGUCAUAAAUAAUGAUUAUUAAAUUUGAGGUGUUGGUAUUUGGUCUCCUGU